AUAAAAGAGAGGGACAACGGGAAAAAACGGACGAAACGAUUGGGGGUGGGCGAGGACGAAGGAGCGAUGACGGGAGAGGAGAGAAAGGGCGGAGGCGGAGGCGGAGGCGGAGGCGGUGAUGGCGAAGGUGGGGAAAGGACGACGACCAGGAGCAACCUAACCUCCACUGAUAAUGCGAAUAAUGUUGCGAAUAUGAACGGCUCCGAGGCAAACUACGGCGUUAAUCAGCAGAACGGGGGACUGGAGAAGGCGCCGGUCGUCGCCGGGACCAACGUCGAGACGCUGCCACGGCCUGAGAAGCAGGGUGACUUGAGCACAUUUUUCUUACGGGCCGCAAGAGCCGGACAUCUCCAAAGAGUACUCGAGUACCUCGAUAUGGGGGUCGAUAUCAACGCCUCGAACGCGAAUGGACUAAAUGCCUUACACUUGGCGGCGAAAGAUGGUCACUUGGAAAUUGUAAAAGAACUACUCACGCGUGGAGCAAUCGUCGAUGCCGCGACAAAAAAGGGAAAUACCGCACUACACAUCGCCUCUCUUGCUGGCCAAGAGGAAGUUGUGCAGCUAUUGGUUCAAAGCGGUGCAUCAGUUAAUGCACAAUCUCAAAACGGGUUUACAACAUUAUAUAUGGCGGCGCAGGAGAACCAUGACUCUGUCGUUAAAUUUCUUCUUAACAAAGGAGCUAAUCAAUCACUCGCCACUGAGGAUGGUUUUACUCCGUUAGCUGUAGCAAUGCAACAAGGACAUGAUAAAGUAGUCGCUGUUCUUCUUGAGAAUUGUACGAGAGGGAAAAUUAAAUUACCCGCUUUGCACAUAGCCGCAAAAAAAGAUGAUUGUAAGGCAGCAACCCUACUUCUGCAGAGCGAUCACAACGUGGACGUGGUGUCAAAAAGUGGUUUUACGCCUCUUCACAUUGCCGCGCAUUACGGCAACGAAAGAAUUGCUUCGAUACUUUGCGAUAAGGGAGCAGAUGUUAAUUUUGUAGCUAGGCACAAUAUUACUCCAAUGCACGUAGCAGCUAAAUGGGGAAAAAUAAAAAUGGUAAAUUUCCUUAUAAGUAAAGGAGCACAAAUAGCAGUAAGAACUAGGGACGGGCUUACUCCUCUUCAUUGUGCGGCUCGUUCCGGACAUCACGAAGUAGUCGAUAUUCUUGUUGAGAAAGGAGCCCCAAUUGGUUCCAAAUCGAAAAGUGGCUUGGCACCGUUGCACAUGUCAGUACAGGGCGAUCACGUCGACGCAACGAGAAUCUUACUUUAUCAUCGAGCUCCGGUUGACGAAGUCACGGUGGAUUACCUCACGCCAUUGCACGUAGCUGCGCACUGCGGUCACGUUCGCGUGGCCAAAUUACUCUUAGAUAGAAAUGCGGAUAAGAAUGCAAGAGCUUUGAACGGAUUUACGCCUCUUCACAUCGCUUGUAAAAAGAAUAGAUUUAGAAUCGUCGAAUUAUUAUUAAAAUAUAAGGCCAGCAUCGAAGCAACCACGGAGUCUGGCUUGACGCCUUUGCACGUUGCGAGUUUCAUGGGCGGCAUGAAUAUCGUCAUAUACCUGUUGCAACACGAUGCUAAUCCCGACAUACCGACAGUACGAGGUGAAACACCUUUGCAUUUAGCUGCUAGAGCGAAUCAGACUGACAUUAUUAGGAUACUCUUGAGGAAUGGAGCUCAAGUCGAUGCUCAUGCCAGGGAAGAGCAAACGCCGCUUCAUAUUGCAUCGCGUUUGGGUAACGUCGACAUUGUCAUGCUCUUACUCCAACACGGCGCUACCGUUGAUGCAACCACAAACGAUUCGUACACAUCUCUUCAUAUAGCCGCGAAGGAAGGUCAAGAAGAGGUGGCGUCGGUAUUAUUAGAAAAUGGCGCUUCGCUUACCGCACCCACCAAGAAAGGGUUCACACCUUUGCACUUAGCUGCUAAAUACGGUAAUAUGAAUGUAGCUCGACUUUUGCUGCAGAAGAACGCUCCAAUUGACGCCGAAGGAAAGAACGGCGUGACUCCACUUCAUAUGGCCGCCUAUUACGAUCAUCAAAACGUGGCGCUACUUCUCCUCGAUAAAGGUGCCUCACCGCACGGUAUGGCCAAAAACGGCAAUACUCCUCUCCACAUCGCUGCUUGGAAGAACCAGAUGGACAUUGCCACCACGCUCUUGGAGUACGGUGCAAAAACUAAUGUCGAAUCUAAAGGUGGCUUCGUGCCCAUUCACCUGAGUGCCCUUGAGGGUCACACUGAUAUGACGACCUUACUAAUCGAGCACAAAGGCGAUUUGAAUCACAAGGCAAAGAAUGGAAUUACGCCAAUUCACUUCUGUGCCCAAGAGGAUCACGUCAACGUUGCCUCUAUUCUCGUUAAAAAUGGCUCUCUCAUCGAUGAAAAAACUAAUAGCAUAGCGGCUCAUUUUGGUCAAGCCGCGAUGGUCCGAUUCCUAUUGAGCUCCGGUGCCUCCGUCGACAGUAGAACCAAUGUGGGCUACACGCCUCUGCAUCAGGCAGCUCAACAAGGCCACACACAAGUUAUAAAUCUGUUGCUGGAGAACAAGGCCCAGCCGAACGUCGUCAGCCACAACGGCUAUACGGCACUAGACAUCGGACAAAAACUCGGCUACAUAAGUGUUGUCGAAACGUUAAAAGUCGUAACGGAGACUGUCAUCACAACAACCCACACAAUCAACAUCGAGGAGAAAUACAAAGUUCAAGUACCAGAGUAUAUGCAAGAGGCAUUUAUGAGCGACAGCGAGGAAGAGGGCGGUGGUGAUGAGUUCAGCGUGGCAACCAUGAAUGUGUACGGGAAACCGCCUCACGCGCAACACGUGUACCUCCCUUCCUACUACCAGGGCCAAAUGACCUACACUCGCGAAGAUCCAAUGCUCAAUGAUCUACAGCAGUAUCAAUAUAUGACGGGCGACGACAUGAAAUCCAUGGGCGAUGAUUCGAUGAGAGUCAACGUAACCGACGAUGAAAGAGAUAAUCGACACUCCGGAGCACCUACUAUAACCGAAAUGAUAACCAAAGAAAGCUAUAAUCGACAAAAUGCAACGAAACCAGACAACAUUGAUAUCAACAGACAUCCAGUUCACGUUGGAAUCCCAUCAUGGAGAAACUUCCUGGUAUCGUUUUUGGUGGACGCGAGAGGUGGGGCGAUGCGGGGCUGCCGCCAUAGUGGCGUAAGGGUCAUAGUACCACCCAGGAAGGCGACGAUGCCCAUGAGAGUAACCUGCAGAUAUCUCAAGAGGGACAAGCUAACGAAUCCGCCGCCACUUAUGGAAGGUGAGGCCUUGGCCAGUCGGAUUCUCGAGCUCGGGCCUGUGGACGCGAAGUUUUUGGGACCUGUAAUUAUCGAGGUGCCACACUUUGCCUCACUACGAGGUAAAGAAAGAGAAAUCGUUAUAUUGCGAUCGGAUAAUGGAGAAACCUGGCGUGAACAUACUCUGGAAGCUAGCGAAGAGGCGGUCCAGGAUGUUCUUAACGAGAGCUUUGAAGGAGAGGAAUUAAGCCAGCUGGAGGAUCUCCAAACUUCACGCAUCGUAAGGAUAUUGACAGUGGACUUCCCGCACUAUUUCGCUGUUGUUUCUCGUAUAAGACAAGAGGUGCAUGCAGUAGGACCAGAAGGUGGAACGGUAUCAUCAUCAGCAGUACCACAAGUUCAAGCUAUCUUCCCAGCAGCAGCUCUUACAAAGAAAAUCAGAGUGGGUUUGCAGGCUCACCCGAUACCGGCUAAAUUGGUAGCUAAGCUCUUGGGUAAUCGGGUCGCCGUGUCGCCUAUCGUAACUGUAGAACCACGAAGACGGAAGUUCCACAAGCCAAUAAUAUUGACGAUACCCGUGCCUCAAGCGGCCAAUAAAGGAAUGAUCAACCAAUAUUCUGGGGACGCACCGACGCUGAGGCUCCUUUGCAGUAUAACUGGGGGUCAGUCUCGGGCGGUUUGGGAGGAUGUGACCGGCUCAACACCCUUGACUUUUGUCAAGGACUGCGUCUCAUUUACAACGACAGUCUCCGCUCGAUUUUGGCUAAUGGAUUGCCGAAAUAUAUCGGAGGCUACGAAAAUGGCAACAGAAUUAUAUACACACGCAACUCAUGUGCCUUUUAUGGCUAAAUUCGUCGUUUUUGCUAAACGAGUCGAUCCCUUAGAAGCGAGAUUGCGCGUAUUUUGUAUGACAGAUGAUAAAGAAGACAAAACAUUAGAGCAUCAAGAACACUUUACCGAAGUUGCCAAGAGCCGUGAUGUCGAGGUUCUUGAGGGAAAAACACAAUACAUGGAAUUUGGUGGUAAUCUUAUACCGGUACUGAAAAGUGGCGAACAAUUGCAAUUACCGUUUAGAGCGUUUAAAGAAAAUAGGGUUCCUUUCACCGUUAGGGUUAAAGAUCCCGAUGCAGCAGAUAUGAUGGGUAGAAUCAUGUUUAUGAAUGAGCCUAGAAUUGCAAAGGGUGAACCACCACAGACUCCAAUUUGUACGUUGAACAUUCUUCUACCCGAGAAAAUCUCACCCGAAAGCAGAAAUUCCGAGCUCGAUUUACUCGAGCUGUCGAAAAAUUACAGUUUCAUCCGCGAUGGAGAAUUAAGCAGGCCCGAGGCUAUUCAUCGUGCUACAAUACGCCUGACGGAUAUCGCUAAUUUGCUCGAAGAAGAUUGGGAAAAACUCGCCCAAGAGUUAAAUAUCUCCUCCAAUGAAAUUAGUCAAAUUAAAGAAGAAUAUCCCGAUAAAACCGCGCAACAAGCAACGGCGAUGUUCAAAGUCUGGCAAAGCAAUGGAAAUAAGGCAACCGGAAACACUUUGGAAAAGGCGCUAAACAAAAUUGGUCGCGAGGAUAUUGUAAAGCAAUGCAUCUUUAACGUCGAGCUAGUGACGGAUGAUAUUGAAAAAGCAGUCGCUCGCGUCAGGUUGGAUCAACCUGGUUUUGACUCCCUAAAAGAAGAAUUGGGUCCAUCGAGAAAUACAUCUCUUAGACGAGACGCAACGAUGGAUCCCAAAAUGGAUCCGGAUUACGAAGAACUUGACAGAAUAAAGCAUUCUGAAUCCACAGAAGACCUGAAUAAUAUCGGUGGUGGUAAAAGGACGACCAAACAGCACGUAACUAUUACGAAUGGCACUGUUUACAACGCUACCUCGACCCCAAUCAAAGAUAAAUAUGCCAGCGAUGAAAAAGAUCUUGGUGAUACGAUGGCCGAUUUUAUCGAGAAUAAAUAUCGUACCACCGAUACAAUGGUGAAAAAAUCUCGCGAUGAAAUUGACGACGAUAACAAAAAGCGCCAGCGGGUCUUGGCAGAUGCUAACAAAAUAGUUUCCGAUAUUACGCAGGAAGCAACCAAACGGGCACAACUCCUAACUGAUCAUGCACGUUCGCUAAAUCAAACAGACAAUGACUUUUUACAACAAAGCGAGCCAACUUUCAUGGAAACAAUUACAACCGAAACCAGUCCUGAAACACAUGAAAGAAUAAUGAGAGUUACGAGAACAAUUACGAGUUCGGUGCCUGUAACGGGUGAGGAUACUGGAGAUAGCGACAAUCUGCACGAGUCAGUGAAAAAGAUUGUCGAUCAAUUCAUGGCGGAGGAGCGAAAGGCCCAAUGAAGAUGUAUCUCCGAAAAUCGCAGCUAAAUGAAUAAGGAACGCUUUAUACAUAGAAUAAAUAAACAAACAAACAAACAAACAAACAA